AAGAGGGAGAAUGCGCGGUGUCUGGGUAACACUUCCACGCUUGUAUCCAGGGCCUUUGUGAAUACACCAUGGGAUGCAUCGGCUCCAGGACACUGACAGGGGAUGUCGUGCCGGUCCAGAAGGAUGGGGAGCAGCUGUCUAUGGAAGACACCACGUCAAUCCUGCCUCGGCUCAAGAGGAACUCAAACGCCUAUGGCAUCGGGGCUCUGGCUAAGUCUUCUCUGUCAGGUGUGUCAGGUGUGAGCCGUACAAUGAAGGAGAGAGUGACCAAGCCCACAGCCAUGGCCCAGGGUCGCGUCGCUCACAUGAUCGAGUGGCAAAAUUGGGGCAUGAGCACGGUUGGUGCAGGGGGCGUCCCCAUGCCCCGCAUCAGUACCGAGCAACGGGAAAAGGAGCGGCGGAUGGAGAACGACGCCUACAGCGACCUCAGUGAUGGAGAGAAGGAGGCUCGUUUCACUGCAGGUAUCCUGCAGCAGUUCGCGAUCUCGGAGGCGACACUCAUGGCAUGGUCAUCGAUGGAUGGAGAUAGCCCGCGGUCAGGAUCAAACCAGGGCAGUGUGGCUCAUCUGAGUGAGGUCAACCAGGAGAGCAUCACCAGUCGAGAUCAGAUAUUGCAUCACUCCUCAGCGGAGGUGUGGCCUCACACGUACGUCUCCCAGGGCCACUACUGCCUCUCCUCCUCUGACGCCUGGGAGCCGAUCAACAACGAUCCCUCCGUCGUGGCGUCUCCUCCGGCUGGCUCCUACAUUAUGGGGACUGAUGGGUAUGACGGGCAGGCGGCGGCACGCUUCCUGUCGCAGCAACAGCAGCAGCAGUUCACUCUCCAACAGCAGAACCAGCUACAACAGCUGCAGCAGAUCCAACAGAUCCAGCACUACCAGCAACAGCAGCUCCUGCAGUAUCAGCAACAACAGUCGCUGGAGCACAGGCUGCACAGUGCCAACCACUCUUUGCAAGCAACGCCCAACAGCACCAUCCACAGCCUGGUCCAUGCUGCUCACCCACCAUUGGUGGAUCUGUGGAACACGGGGCAGAUGGAGGCUUAUCAGACGGACGCUGGAGGCUACAUGGGUGUGGCGGCGGUGGUGGAGCCGAGCCUCUGUGUCCCCUCUGCAGAGGAGAUGGGAACAGAACACUCCCCGCUACUGGAGCAGCAGGAGGAAGAGGAGGUCAAGGAGGAAGAGGUGACACUGUGCAUGGAGCCGGAGUUAGCCUCGUUGACUCCGCCUACGCAACAAGGGGAUGCCUCUGGUGGCAGUAGUCCGGGGCAACCGCCGGCAGAGCCAAUCACAGAGCGGAAAUCCUCCGAUGUCACCUCCAGCCUCGUUCAGACGCGAGAGGAGAAGGAAGAGGAGGAAGGGCAGGGGCCUGCCGCUUCCAUGGCAACCAACUGAGUACCUGGCUCAUCAGGAGACUCCUUAUUACAAACUGACCAGGGAGUCAGCGAGGGAUGAGCGUAAUAAUACAAUAUAUAUCUAUUAAUCUGUUCCUUUUCAGGUAUCAAAAACUUUUUUGGUUGCGAGAUGAGUUCUUCAAAAAUGGUGAGAAACAGAUUCAGAGGUGGACUCACAAUGAGACGAGAGCUGAUGCAACAAAGGACACCUAUUUCUUUGUAAGCCUUACAUCCCAAAGGUAACUGGAGAGAGGAGUGUGUGGACGGAGAAACUGAAGAGGAGGAGGAGGAGGAGGAGGAGGAGGAGGAGGAG